CACGUGACCAACUAUGGCGUUCUUCCUGUGUUGAUAGAGGCGCACCGUUGACAUGAAAACAUAAUUGGAACGUCUGUGGUUUAUAUGCCUUUGGAAGUAUUUUAGUUCUACGAUGCAGAAGAUCAGAUCUCUUAUGGCCCGGCCGGGCCUGAAAAGCCCACAGGAGAGCAUGGCAGACCUCAGCCCCGUGGAGAACCUCCGGAUCCCAAGCAAGGAGGAAUUGCGGGAGCUCAGGGAGCAGCCCAUCGACCCUCAAGCCGAGCAGGAGAUCAUUGACAGCAUCGAGGAAGUCUACUUCUCGAACGACUCUUUUGAUAUGGUGCAGCACGAACUGGAGAAGCUCCCAGCUGAGCUGAACCUGUUGGAGUUGGAAGAGUACAGAGACAGACUGAAGAGACAACAGGCAGCAGUUUCUAAAAAGGUUGCUGAUCUCAUUUUGGAGAAACAGCCGUCGUACGUCAAGGAACUGGAGAGGGUGACUGCGUUGCAGACCAACCUGCAGCUGGCAGCUGUCAUUUGCACGAAUGCAAGAAGGCAACUGGGUGUAGCAAAGGAAGGAUUCACAGAAGCAAGCUUGGGCUUAUUAGCCAACCAGAGAAGACGUCAACUACUAACAGGCCUGCUCAAGUCUCUCCGGACCAUUAAGACCCUGCAAAGAACAGAUGUGCGACUCAGCGAGAUGCUGGAGGAGGAAGAUUAUCCGGGUGCUAUCCAGCUCUGCCUGGAAUGCCAGAAGGCUGCAAGCACAUUCAAACACUAUAGCUGCAUCAGUGAAUUGAAUUCCAAACUGCAAGACACUCUAGAACAAAUCGAGGAGCAGCUUGACGUUGCCCUGUCAAAGACUUGCAAGCACUUUGAUGUUGCUCACUAUACCAAGGUCCAGCUGGCCUACACACUCCUGGGGAAAACGCAGACUGCUAUGGACCAGCUGCACAUGCACUUCACCCAAGCCAUCCACAACACCGUGUUCCAAGUGGUGCUGGGAUAUGUCGAGCUCUGUGCUGGCAAUGCUGAUACCAAGUUCCAGAAAAUGCAAUAUAAGGACCUAUGUACGCAUAUCACUCUGGACAGCUACAUUCCUUGUCUGACCGACCUGUGCAAAGCAUUGUGGGAGGUGAUGCUGAGCUACCACCGCACAAUGCAGUGGCACGAGGAGCAUGACAAUCAAGCAGCCACACCGACACCAGAUGAUGCAGCGGAGUCUGAUGAGUCGGUGGUGGACCGCAGUUAUGUGAAGAAGAAGCUAGAGCACGGCCUCACAAGGAUCUGGCAGGAUGUCCAGUUAAAGGUGAAGGCCUAUAUCCUGGGGACCGACAUGUCCAACUUCAAAUAUGAUGACUUCAUAGUAGUAUUGGAUGUCAUCAGCAGGCUAAUGCAAGUUGGUGAGGAAUUCUGCAGCAGUAAGUCGGAGGUUCUGCAGGAGUCAAUUCGGCGCCAGAGUGUAAACUACUUCAAAAACUACCACAGGGCACGACUCGAGGAGCUGCGAAUGUUUCUGGAAAAUGAAACAUGGGAACUUUGCCCUGUCAAAUCGAACUUUAACAUCUCACAGCUUCACGAGUUUAAGUUCAUGGACCAGUGUCGCUCUCCUUCGGUCUCCCCGAGCCGACAGGGCACAUCCAUCCUUGAGGAGCAGUCACUGUUCCAGCAAUACCUGCAAGAGGGAAACCCCUUUGAGAUGCACAUUGAACACAAAGAGGAGGAAACGGAGGAUGUGCUGGCGUCCAAUGGGUACGAGUCUGACGAGCUGGAGAAGAGCGCUUAUCAGGAUUACGACAGCGACAGCGACGUCCCAGAGGAGCUCAAACAGGACUACGUUGACGAGCAGACGGGCGAUGUCCCUCUCAAGAGUGUGUCUCGGGAGACUAUAAGAAGCAAGAAGAGGUCAGACUACAACUUGAACAAAACCAACGCCCCGAUUCUUACCAACACCACCCUAAAUGUCAUCCGGCUCGUCGGAAAGUACAUGCAGAUGAUGAGCAUCCUGAAGCCGAUCGCCUUCGAUGUCAUCCACUGCGUAUCACAGCUCUUUGACUACUACCUCUACGCGGUUUACGCCUUCUUCGGACGAAAUGACAUGCCUUUCCCAAGUCCGUCUAUGCCAACUCACGGUGGCAGAGAAUCGGGGCCUGCCCGCGUGGCGGGCCCUGCUUGUUUGUAUGAGUCAUCGGGUCUGGGCCUUAUCAGCAGCAGACUGAGAACCACGCUGAACCGGAUCCAGGAGAGCCUCAUUGACGUGGAGGCAGGAAGUGAAAAUGCCAGCAUGCACGCUACCACGGAGGAAAGGAAGGAGAAGGUACCGAGCCCCCAUCUCAGCCAAAUGGUGGUCCUCACCAACAGCGGCACUCUUUACGGGCUGGCGCAGAGAGUGGUGGCCACAGAGUCUCUUGUGUUUUUAGCGGAGCAGUUUGAGUCGCUCCAGUCCCAUUUGGACACGAUGAUGCCCGCUGCCAAAAAGCCUUUUCUGCAGCAGUUCUAUUCCCAGACCGUGUCUACGGCCAGUGAACUGCGGAAACCGAUAUACUGGAUGGUGGCAGCCAAAGCCAUCGACUACGAGCAGAUGUUGCUGUUGAUGUCUGGUGUGAAAUGGGACAUUAGAGAGAUCAUGUCCCAGCAUAACAUAUAUGUGGAUGUCCUGUUAAAGGAAUUUGAGAUGUUUAACAAGCGGCUCGGUGACGUCUCCAGACACGUACGCAUCCCGCUGCCUGUGUCUAAUGUCCUGUGGGAGCACUGCAUCCGCUUGGCCAACAGGACUCUCGUAGAAGGCUAUGCUAACGUGAAGAAAUGCAGCAACGAGGGCCGAGCUUUGAUGCAGCUGGACUUCCAGCAGUUCCUGAUGAAGUUGGAGAAGCUCACAGACCUGAGGCCCAUCCCUGAUAAGGAGUUUGUGGAGACCUACAUCAAGGCCUACUACCUGACUGAGAAUGAUAUGGAGCAGUUCAUCAAGAACCACAGGGAGUACUCCAUGAAGCAGCUCGCAAACCUGGUGAACGUUUGUCUGGGCUCCCACAUAAACAAGAAGGCUCGCCAAAAACUCCUGGCAGCCAUUGAUGACAUUGACAGACCCAAGAGAUAGAUAGAGAUAGAUCUUAAUGUAGCAAGCAGCUAAAAGACAUUGGACACUCAUCAUAGAAUGUCAUAUAUAUAUAUAUACACAGCAUAUGUUAGUCCAUACAGUAAACUGGCUGCCACGUACAACGAGUCAAACUCCUGAUUGUAACCAAAUGCUUUGUUUGCUCCCUCAUAAUGAUGGAUGGAAUAACAACAUCCUCACACUUGGCCCUGCAAAUACUCCAAAUAAUCCAACCCAUGACAACUACAUUUGUGUGUGUAAUUAAGACAUGUCAUUUCAUUAAUGUGAUUGCCUCGUUCCUAAAUCAUGAAUGAAAACUGCCUUGCACAAGAGAAAUCAGGAAAUUUCUAAAUCAGACUGUAAAUAAUCCAAACAAUAAUAGAGCAGUCCAGACGUGAUACGACAAGCAAAUGGUAUGGCUGUCCCUCUCGCUGAUUAUUAAUGACAUCUCCACCUUGCAGACUAAGAAAAUCUCACACUAAGACUACAAAUAAUCCACAAAGUCAGUAAUAGAGCAGUCUAGAAGUGAUGGGACAAGGAAAUGGUAUGGCUGUCCCUCUCGCUGGUUAUUGGUGGUUACAGCUCUACCUUGCACCGUCAGACUAAGAAAAUCUCACACUAAGACUACAAAUAAUCCACAAAGUCAGUAAUAGAGCAGUCUAGAAUUGAUGGGACAAGGAAAUGGUACAGAUGUCCCUCUCGCGAGUUAUUAAUGACAGUCACCACCUGGCAUAAUAAGACUUAGAAAAAUAUUAAGAAAAUCUCACAAUAAGACUAGAAAUAAUCUACAAAAUCAGUAAUAGAGCAGUAUGGAAGUGAUGGGACAAGCAAAUGGUAUGAAUGUCCCUCUCGCUGGUUAUUAACGAUAGCCUCCACCUUGCUCAGUCAGACUAAGAAAAUCUCACACUAAGACUAGAAAUAAUCCACAAAGUCAGUAAUAGAGCAGUAUGGAAGUGAUGGGACAAGCAAAUGGUAUGGAUGUCCCUCUCGUGAGUUAUUAAUGACAGUCACCACCUGGCAUAAUAAGACUUAGAAAAUCUCACACUAAGACUAUAAAUAAUCCACAAAGUCAGUAGUAGAGCAGUAUGGAAGUGAUGGGACAAGCAAAUGGUAUGGAUGUCCCUCUCGCGAGUUAUUAAUGACAGUCACCACCUGGCAUAAUAAGACUUGGAAAAUCUCACAAUAAGACUAGAAAUAAUCUACAAAGUCAGUAAUUGAGCAGUAUAGAAGUGAUGGGACAAGCAAAUGGUAUGAAUGGCCCUCUCGCGAGUUAUUAAUGGCAGUCGCCACCUCGCAUAAUAAGACUAAGAAAAUCUAACAAUAAGACUAGAAAUAAUCCACAAAGUCAGUAAUAGAGCAGUAUGGAAGUGAUGGGAAGAGCAAGUGGUAUGAGUGGCCUAGUGUGAAUAUGCCUAAUCCUCAUACAUGCACCAUGAUGCUCCAAGUGUAACAUAAAUCAGCAUUCCAUCACUUUGUACCAAAUGUGAUUCAUUUAGUUUUGGAAAAAAAUGCAAAUCAUUAAAUCACUGAGUGUGUUUCCCCAAUGGUUUGACAUUCUAAAUCACUUUAACCAUUCAUUAGCAGACGCUGCAUCAUGACACGCUUCAGGGUAUUAGUGCCUGAACGCUUCCUGUUUGUUGUUUUGGUUUUGCCUGUUUUGUGGAAGAAUGGUUAAUAUAAUUCUAAUUUACGGAUUUACAAAUGAAAUGAGCAACAUAUUUAGAUUGUACGUGCAGCACCUGAGUACUGUUGUGAUGAUGUGGGGAUGACAUGCUGUCCAGGGGGGGUCUGUCUGAUUGUGACUUUUACAAGGAGAAGAAUACUGUAAAUGUGAAUGUUUUUGAACAAUAUUUAUUUGUAGCUCUGUGUUUUGUUGGAGUUUUACUCAUUAUCAUGUAACUCAUCUCAUGGACAUACUUGUAAUCAUCAUCAGUGCUGUAAUUAGAGGCGAAUCCUAACAAAUAAACACAAUAAUACUACACAUUUACGGUACUGUAUCACUUGCUUUUAUUAUUAUUUUUUAUUUAAUGAAGAUAAAGCUAAAUAACAGGACAGAAUGAUCCAUGUUUGUAU